UUGUGCACCUGUACGCGCGUUGAGGUCUGAGGAGUUCGCGUUUAUUUUUGGAAUAUUUGGAUCGGAAGCUUGGGAUUCGUUUCAUCCAUUAUUUUCAUAUACUUUGAUAGGUGUGGAAAGAUGUCGAUGAGCCGGGCAUGGAAGGAUCUCAAGUUGUCGCAACCAGUGAUGAGAGCUGUUCUGAAGCGUUUUGAGUACGAGUUAAUGACACCAGUGCAGGCAGCAUGCAUUCCUCAGUUCAUGAACUACAAGGAUGUUGCUGUUGAAGCUGUGACUGGAAGUGGAAAAACUGUAGCAUUCUUAGUGCCUCUACUGGAAAUCCUACUGAGCAAGUGUAUGGCAGUUCGGAAGCAUGAUGUGUAUGCAGUCAUCAUAUCUCCCACUCGAGAACUGGCCACCCAGAUCUGUGAAGUGUUGGACGUUUUCCUGCUAGAGCUGCCUCAGUUCUCUAGGCAGCUGUUCAUUGGUGGGACAAAUCCGGCCACGGAUGUUCAGAAGCUGAGUGAAGAGGGCAGCAACAUUAUCGUGGCCACCCCGGGCCGGUUUCACGAUCUUCUUGAGCGGCGCGAGUCGGGCGCGAGGCUGCAGGCAGCGCUCAGAUGCCUGGAGGUGCUGGUGCUGGACGAGGCCGACCGGCUCCUGGACCUGGGCUUCGAGCGGCAGCUGAACGACAUCCUGAUCGGCUGCCACGCCAGCGGCGCACGGGUCUCUUCUCGGCCACGCAGACGGACGAGGUGCAGAAGCUGGUCCGCGCCGGCCUGCGCAACCCCGUGGCCAUCACCGUCCGCGAGAAGCAAGGUGUUUCGAGAACACCACACCAGCUGGAGAACUUCUACAUGAUCUGUGAAGCGAAGCACAAACUCGGCACCCUGAUUCAGAUGCUGCGUGAGAAGGUGGCUUCAGAGGAGAAGGUUAUGGUGUUCUUCUCUACCUGUGCCAUGGUGGAAUAUCUUACGGUGGUCAUCAAAGAGUGAGU